CGCAUCUGUUCCGUCUCCUCGGUCAAAUACCGAAUGUGCCUCGGCUAGUACAAAUUCGCAAAGGGACACGUCGGCGCUCGCUUUGUAUAUGUUCACUCGCUGCUUCGCGGGAAGUACCAGCAGUACACCCGUCGCCCUCCCCCGCCGAGUCCUCCUUCGCGCCACCUGCAGUCGCGAACCGCAGCGUUCCGUCUGCUGUAACCCCUACUCCAGCCUUGGCGCGGCCCCCGCGUCCCGCAGUACUAGUCGUGCAACGCACCGGCUUCCCAAACGAGGGUCUCAUACAAGGUCUCUGAUUCAUAAGGCGCAAGCGGGCGGACACCUCCGACUUGCUCCAGCACCGAUGACGACUGCACCCAAUGGCCUCACAGCGCGCAAGCCGUACUCAACGCAGGGCGGGGGCAAGGGGCCCGAAGAGACCAAUGUCGUAGCUCAUCACCACGACCACGAACACGACCACGAACACGGUGACCAUUCACAUUCGCACUCAAUAUUCAGCAAACAUGUACAUUCACAUGGCGAGGAAGGACACGAUGCUACAGCGGAGGAGGUGAUCAAGGCUUUGCAAGGGUCAGGUGACCGCGGAAGCAGAAUCACGCUCGUAGGCUUGUUUGCCAAUAUCGGCCUCACCGCCUCCAAAGGUGCCGCGGGCUGGUACAUGAACUCGGCAGCGUUGUUGGCCGAGUCUGCCCAUUCGUUAAGUGAUUUGCUUGGCGACUUUGUCACCCUCUUCUGCUGGAAGCUCUCUCGGAAACCUCCAUCCGCGCGGUAUCCAUAUGGCUUUGCCAAGUUCGAGACACUCGGAACUACGACCGUCUCCCUCUUGCUCGUGGGCGGUGCUCUCGGGAUAGGCUUCCACUCCUACUACCUCCUCGUCGAUGCCUUGACGCACACUGCAUCAUCUCUUCCUCCUGGCGUUCUGCAAUCAGCUAUACAGAACGUAACGGAAGUGGCACAAAGUGUGCCCAUACCGGCUAUAGAGCCUGGGCAUGGGCAUGGACACGCGCUCGAUCCUAACGCGGCCUGGUUCGCGGCGCUGGGGGUGAUAGCGAAGGAAUGGCUAUACCGAGUGACAGAGAAGGUUGCACGGGAGGAGAAGAGUCCGGUGUUGCAUGCGAAUGCCUUGCAUCACAGGAGCGACGCAUACUCAAGCGUAGUCGCGCUCGUCGCCAUCCUCGGAAGCUCGUGGUUCCCGGCGUUACCGCUGGAUCCCGUCGGAGGCUUCCUCAUUUCCAUCGUCAUUCUUCGCCAGGGCCUCGGUAUACUCGUCGGCGCGUUCAAAGAGCUGAUGGACUCCGGCGUCUCCGCCAAGACGCAUGCUUCACUCGUUCGAAGCGUCCAACCACUCAUAGCGCCCCCAACAGCACAGAACGGGAAUGGCACCACCACAAGCGAUGUCCCGUCGUUGCUUGCCAUCCAUGAUCUUCGUGCGCGCCGUGCAGGGUCGAUGACCUUUGUUGACCUCACCGCGGACGUGCCGCGCGAUCUCAGCGUGAGCGAAGCGGCGAGUAUGGAGGAGAAAAUUGAGAGGACGAUGAAAGAAGCGAGGCGAGAGAUCGCGGAGGUGCGGGUCCGAUUCCGCGCAGUAUGACGGUUUGUGCUCCAGUAGGAUUAUCAUUCUCGUGUAGGUUUAGGCUAUGGAUCGCUGUAAUGUUGCUCGUGUACAUCAUCGCUAUACCCUCGAGGGAUUGCUUUCAUUGCAAAGCCGUAUUUACGGCUAUUUGC